AUGCACCACAGUCCGGCCCUCAAGUGUACCACGUCUGGCUCCUCCAGCGUAACCGCUAUGAAGAAAAAAGUGGUUCAACAGCUCCGGCUGGAGGCCAGGCUCAACUGUGUAAAAGUUUCCCAGGCAGCUGCAGACUUGAAACAAUUCUGUCUGCAGAAUGUUCAACAUGACCCUCUGCUGACUGGAGUACCUUCAAGUACAACUCCCUUAAGACCCCAGAAAGUCUGUUCCUUUUUGUAUUAAAAUGAAUCUUUCAAAGGUUUUCCAAACCACUUCUUAGGAUUCAGUAGAUAUUCAAAACAGUUAAAUCUGAAGCCUGUACAAAGGCUUAUCCCUGUAACACACGUGCCAUAAUAUACAAACUUCUACUUUUGUCAGUCUAACAUCUACUUCUCUCAAUUUUCAUGAAUUUCUAUCUAUUUCACAAGGGUAACUUUUAUAUACGCUACCAGCAGCAUACAAUAAAACUUAGUAUGGAAAAAAAGAAAUUUUCUUUCCCAGAUUAAAAAAAAAAUAUGUAUAGUAGUAUAUCAGGGGCUAGAAGGAAAGUGUUUUCUAUUUCUAAUCACUGCCUAGACUAUCACAAGAGAUAAUCUACGCAAUAACGGGUUUCCUCAUAGC